GCGGUGGCCGCCGCCAUGUCGGUCAGCAGCUGCACCUUCGAUGACCGGUGCGUGUCGGUGCUGUGCUGCCGGUUCUGCCAGCAGGUGCUGAGCACGCGGGGGAUGAAGGCCGUGCUGCUGGCGGACACCGACAUCGACCUCUACUCCACCGACAUCCCGCCCUCGGGCACUGUUGAUUUCAUUGGAAGCUGCUAUUUUACUGAUCUCUGCAAAUGCAAACUGAAGAACAUUGCGUGUUUAAAGUGUGGUAACGUUGUUGGUUAUCAUGUGAUUUCUCCCUGCAAACCUUGCCUGCUGUCUUGCAAUAAUGGCCACUUCUGGAUGUUUCAUAGCCAAGCAGUCUUUGGCAUCAACAGACUCGACUCUUCUGGUGUCAAUGUAUUGCUCUGGGGCAACUUGCCAGAUUUGGAGGAGAGCACAGAUGAAGAUACAACCUGCAUCUCUGAGGAGGAGUAUAUCAGAUAAAUAUGAUCUACAAGAUACUACAAUAUCUUCCCUCCAUUCGUUGCACUGCUGCUUUGCUUAGACUUUUUUUUCCCUGCUAGCCCAGCAGAGCUUAAAUAAUACAGGAAAUCUGGAAAACAGUCCUAAAAAAGGAACAUCUCAUCCUCCUCUUUCACUGUAGCCUUCCUUUGGCUCUCGGAAUCUGCCUAGUGUGCAUCUUCUGACUACAGACACACGCCUUGGCUGAAGCUGGAAAAGCAGAUGGAAACUGCAUUUACAUUAAAGUCUCAACAGCUGAUAAUCCUUCUUAACUGUAUUUUUAUUUCUUUCCUAAAACAGUAUUCACAGUACAAAGUCUCUCAGCUGCUGUAAGUACAGCUUAAAAACCUUAAGGAACAGUCGGUCUGGUUGAUGAAGUUAUGAAAGAGCUCUGCUCUUGUGGUCAGACACACCAUUACCCAGAGUUUCUAUUUGGGGUAUAUAGAGCUGCUGACUAAGUGGCUGAAAAUAUUGGAGCUUUGGCUUUUUGUUUGGGCUCUCCUGCUUGUUCUCUGGGCAGCUGGGGCAUACUAGGAUGCUCCUCAAUGUAAACUCAGGAACUGUCUUACAGUCUUCCCAUCUUCAUCUUUCAGGAUCAUGUUUUUGUAGAGAUCAAGUUCAUUUCCCCCUCCCUGAUAAACCCUAAAUACUGUUACUUCCUGUCUACUACAACUUCAAGGCUACACUGGAGAUUUUCCUAAGGUCAACACCAAAACCCAUCCAGGUUUUGUUGUUAUUUUCUACCUCUUGCAGGGCAGACAUCCCUCCAGAAGGGGAACUCUGUCACCUGAUCACGUCAAAAGAGAUCAGGUUAAAUGCUUGGUGUUCAUGCCUAACCUUACAUCCUGAAGUGUACAGACAAUCCUAUAAGAAGUAAUGGAUUCAAAGCUCAUUAUCCAAGUUGUUACAGCCAUAGCAUUUAGCUUAUGAACCAAAUACUGUCCCCUUCAGCUAGUCACCUGAAGGAUCACCUUUAGAAAACUCAAGGUACAAGUGUGUAAGAGAACAGAGCACACUUGUAAAUUUGGGUUGGUGCAGAAUAAAUCAUUCUAUAGCCUCUUGUGAUAUUUGGAAGAGGCGCAACGAGGACAGAGCUGAAUUGUGUUAGUAUUCUUACUUCAUGUUAUAUAUUUCCUAAUUAAUGGUACUACCUCUUCUGCAUUGUUUAAAUGUAUAUUGGGGUGUGUAUAUAUAUGUAUGUGUGUGUAUGUCUUGGUUUGACGUCAUGUGUUACAUCAGCUCAUGAAAUAAAAGGCUUGGACUACAUGGUC